AGGGAGUCCGCAUUCCUUAACUUACUAUCCGGAAUCAAAGGGGGAGAUAAAGAAAAACGCUUGUCUUCACAGUUUAUAUCUCGCUUUUUUAAGGAUUUUAAGCCGCAUCAGGAGUCUAGCUUCAAUUGCCUCCUUGAUUUGUGUGAUGAUCAGAAUGUCGAUAUCAGGAAGCAGGCUGUUCAUGAUUUACGAGUCAUUUGUAAAUACGAACCCUCCUUCGUUACACGUGAAAUGAGCGUUGUGGCCCUCAGCCUUUCGCAUCUACUUCAUCAAGACCCCAGAUCCACCCUAGAGGGAAUCUUCGGCUACUUGCUAUCAGAUAACAUCGACCAGAACAGAACCAUUAUCAUAAAAUACUUAGCAGAUCGUCUUAAAACCCUUUCUGAUGCCCAGGUCAUUCCUGCUCUAGAGGAAUUCGUUUCUGAACAGACGAAUGCUUUGCUCCUCACUGCAUCAGAUUCGGAAUUUAUUCCCACUAUUUCGCUCCUCGCUUCUCUUCGAUCCUUUUCGAAUGUCACGGGAAGACAGCGUCUAGUUGAUACUAUCUCUGAGCAUGUCCGCCGAGCUGCUCCUAAUUUAUUGGUAAUAUCUUCUAUUAUAAUUGCGUUAAGUCGAAUAGUUUGUCUUCUUCGGAAUGUUCAUGCUGGGGAUUUUUAUGAUUAUCUUAUGGAUUACAUCAUACCAGAAUUGGUGAAGCUGUGCUCCCUCGCUUCUUUUGAUUGCCUUAGACUUGUGAGGUUAAUUGCACAACUUGCUCAACACCCUCCCCCUAUUCAAAAAGAUAAAGUUUCCGAUAUUCCUGGUCCUCCGAAUGCCUUAAUUAGGACUCGCCUGCUAAAUGCUUUUUCCCUCGUCGAGGUUUUUUUGCCAGCUUUGCCCCUCGAUAAUGAGUUGGAAAAAACAACUCAGUCUGUUACAGGGCAUAACCAGGUGAACCCGGAUCUGCAAAUCUCUGAGUUAGAAGCCAUAUUAUUCAUCGUUCGGGAGUUAGGUCGGCCGCUCUCUUCGCUUCCAGUUUCAGAAAUCGGUAAAGACUUCGAGAAUCUUUUAAAGACAACCCGACCGAGAUUGCAGUAUUUAGCUCGGAAAGUUCAAGAGAGGAUAAACAAAACGUCUGGCUACGUGAACGAUGAAGGCGGAUCCAAACAUGAUCGCGAUUCCAAGGCUGCUGUGAUG